CCCCCACCAUCCCCUCUCUCUCUCUCUCUCUCUCUCUCUCUCUCUCUCUCUUUACUUUCUGUGCUUCAGAGUGGAGGAUCUGCUCCCGAUAAACAAGAAAAGGAGAAUGACGACCGAUGGCUCACUUUUCCGGUGGCAGAAACAGGGCUCGGUGGCGGGAGGGGCCGGAGGUCGGCCGGUCAGGUGGCAGGAGUGCGCCACCGGGAAAGGGCACCAGCACCGAUCGGGCUGCUACCUACCACCGCCUAACUGGAGAAAGCUGGUCAGGAAGCUUAAGAAGCAAAGCCGGUGCCUCUGCUCGGAGGCCACGGCCGGCAGCAGGCCAGCCGCCUUCCACUGCCACUACGACCCAAUGAGCUACGCCCAGAACUUCGACAGGGGCCUCUCAGCCGCCGGCUCCGAGGACUCCGACCACUUCCGUGCCUUCUCCGCCAGGUUCGUCAUGACCCCGCCCCCCAAGACCCCUCCGCCGCAGCUUGCAGCCGGUGCCGCCAUCGCCACCUCCGCAACCACGACCACAACACCAAACAGCGUUGCCACUACCACCACCAACAACCACCACCACCUCCAUCACCAUUAGAGAUCUCCACGACUUUCUCAUCGCGAAUCUUCUUCAUGGUUUCCUAUUUCUUCUUUCCUCUUUUGAUGUGGAGAAGCUAGAUCUUGAUAUGUAUUUUCCUCAUUUACCUUUUGUAAUUUAAUCCGAGCCUCUCAUCCCAGUAGGUUCCAAUCAAUCGAGAAGUAAUACAGUUCUAGAACUCUCUCUGUAAAAUCCCUUCGUUUCUUUCCCUUCAUCAUGAAUUGAUGGGAAUCAUCAGAAAGUUUUGCCAUCUUUCCCA